UCAGGAUGCAGCUGUGGGGGUUGAACACCUACCUGUACGGUCCCAAAGAUGACCUGAAACACAGACUUCUGUGGAGGGAAGUCUAUUCUCCGGAAGAAGAAGCUCAGUUGCAAACUCUUAUCGUGGAAGCCCAGUCCAGGGGUCUGAGGUUUGUUUAUGCGCUCUCUCCUGGUCAGGACAUUGUCUUCUCCUCUUCCUGCGACAUGACGCUGCUCAAGCGCAAGCUGAAACAGGUAUCAGAUCUAGGGUGCCAGGCAUAUGCCAUUCUCUUUGACGACAUUGAUCAUUCCAUGUGCCAGGCUGACAGCGAGGCCUUCAGUUCCUUUGCCCAUGCUCAGGUCACAGUAACUAAUGAGAUUUAUCGCUUCUUGGGGGAGCCACCUGUCUUCCUUUUCUGCCCUACAGAGUACUGUGGUUCUCUGUGCUCCCCAAGUGUGGCUGAAUCUCCCUACCUGCAAACAGUUGGAGAAGACCUUCUACCUAACAUAACAGUGAUAUGGACAGGUAGCAAAGUAAUUUCCAGGAAAUUGUCCUUAGACUGCCUUGCUGAGUUGGAGUCAGUCCUACAGCGCCCCCCACUGAUAUGGGACAACCUGCACGCUAAUGACUAUGAUACCCGACGUCUCUUUCUGGGGCCUUUCAAGGGCCGUGACCCUCACAUUAGAAGCCACCUGAGGGGUCUGCUGCUCAAUCCCAACUGUGAAUUUGAAGCCAAUUACAUCCCACUGCAUACUCUGGGCAGCUGGUACAGAGCUGAAAAGGAUGAUGCACAAGGAGAGGAAUAUAACUACUGUCCUGAGAGAGCAUUAACUGCUGCACUUCAUGACUGGAUGGAAGAACUUAACCAGCCUCUGCAAGCAGGUCGGCAGGACUCAAAAGCAGACCACCGUGCCUCUGUCUCAUCAUCGCGUUCCAAAACACCUGACAGGUCUGACUGUCCUUCCACCUUCAGAGCCACCCACGCGGUGCCAAAACUUCCAGUCUUCCCACUUGAUUCCAGCUCUCCACCCUCAUCCCCACCUUUGAGUAAAGCAGAUAAAGAGGGACGAGAAGGAGAGAAAAAACGUUCACAGCAACAAGGUCAACCUCUUGCAGGAUCAAAGUCGGCAGCACCUUUUGGUGGGGGCCGGGCACAGCGGGAACAGCGGACACAGGGUCGUGGACUCUGCAAUGGAAAGGGGUUACUAAGUGAGGCCCAGGUGCGGCUGCUCGUUGGUCUUCAUUAUCUCCCCCAUGAGCAUGGUCCCUCAGCCCAGAAACUCCUGCAAGACCUAACCUGGCUAAAGUCAAACUGCCACCUAGUUGGUGCAAACAGCAAGAAGCCACAACCUCAGAAGGUUGACGAGUGGCGUGGGAGAGCCUCCAGAUUCUUAUCUCUAUGUGAAGACAUAGCUCAGCUACACUGCAGCGUAGUGGGAGGAGCAAACAGGGCUGUGCUGUAUGACCUGUACCCUUAUGUGUGGGACCUGAGGAACACCGCUCUGGUGGCCAAAGCCUUCAUAUGCUGGCUGGACGGGCGAGUGCUGAGUGACAGCUCAAGCCUCGGCUCCUGGAGGAACUGCUUUCACUGGUGUGGGAAGACCACAGGAGCAGACCAGCUGGGAGUGGACUCAGAGCCUUGGGUGUUCAAAGGGGGAGUGUCAGGGGAGGUGCAGAUGCUCCUACCGGUAGGCAGCAGCAGUGAACUUUUCACUCAUCCCCCUCCUCUCUUUCCUACCUCUCGUCUCUACAACAUCAGACCCUAUCACAGCAAAGACAAGGUGGAGCUGUAUCGCAUGGUCCGCCAGCUUCACCUGAGGACUCAAGGCGGACAAGAGUCCUCUAUGGCUCACCCUGAUGUCAUCGGGGACAGGUGUCUUGGUCCAUGUCUGGCACUGAGCCCUGAGUACAGCUUCAUCUUGGAAGAUGAGCUAGGCAUUUGUGGCUGUGUGCUUGGCAUCUUAGAUGUCCGCUCCUUUGCCAAGCGAUGCCAGGGCAGCUGGAUUCCUGCCAUGAGAGAUAAAUACCCACCUAAAGGGAACGGCACACACUCAAACACUCUGGAACUGGUCCAACUUAUGGAGGAGGACCAGGGUGAGUACCCAGAUUCGCUCCUCUAUCACUUCCCCUCCCAGCUGCGUCUGGAUGCACUUCCUGAGCUGGUGGACAUCAGUGUUAGCCGAACGCUGCUCACCGCCCUGCUCACUGCUCUCAAAGCCAACGGUUCUCAGGGUGUCUUCUGUGAGGUGCAGCCCACGGAUCAUCAGAGGCUGGAAUUUCUAACCAAACUGGGUUUCCUGGAGAUCCUCAGAGGAGAAGCCAGGAGCAGAGAGGGGGUGGUUCUCGGAAGGCUGCUCUGAGACCCACAACAUACAGAAAGUCACACAAGCCAUCGCUUAAUAAGAAAUUAAAACUCCUUUGAGAUACAUGAACAUUGAUGAGCUUCUCACAUAAAGUGCAUGGUUAGGUAUACCACCAAAAUUAUUUUCUUAAGGGAGUCCUAAUGCUUGUUUUAACAAAAUGUUGACUUGCUGCCAUUAAUGUCACCUUGUUCAGUCGAUCUAAAGAGUCACUUCCCUAGACAUAACCAUUUUAAAAGUUAGAAAAAAGAACUGUUUGUUUCUCUCAAGGCUAUUACACGUGUUUUCAACCUGAUAUUGCUUUAACAACUAGGAAUUGUUUCUUGUUUGAAGCCCCAUUCUGAAAUUUUUAAAUUGUCAACCUUUUAAGUCAACUGGUUUAAAAUCUGCCAACAUAUUUAUGACUUACCACCCCUAAAAAAAAUCAAAAUAGGAGAAAUCCUGGACUUUAACUAAAAUCGUUUAGAAUCCCUAAACUCAUUGAGAUAAUGCCAAAUAGAAAGUCCUUCUUCAGCUUUAUGAGAUAUUUUAGAUAACUUAAAUAAUUUUGAUUUAUUUACAUAAGUGAUAUGACUUAUCUGCCAAGCAAUUGGAAAUCUCAAAAUGUUCAAUUAAAGCUACAGUGUGUAAUUUUCAGCGACAUCUAACGUCCAGACCACAGACCGCAGCAACAUGAACAUCUCCCCCCCACUGCUUCUCCCCCCCAACAGUACGGCGAGCGU